AUGGUACAAGAACAGGCAAUUUUGAGCUGCAUUGAGCAGACUAUGGUUGCUGAUGCAAAGGUUAUCAAAGAGGCAGAGCAGCAAUUAUUUGAGUUUCAAAAACAAGCAGGCUUUACUUCUUUUUUGCUCAAUAUAGUGUCUGAUGAGAAUUUUGCGCUAAAUGUUCGUCUUUCUUCUGCUAUAUAUUUGAAGAAUAAGAUUCACAGAUCAUGGGAUACUAAGAGAGAAGAUGGUAUAAAAGCCGAUGAAAAGCUUUCAAUCAAGGAAAGAUUAAUUGAGACUUUAGUUAAAAACUGUGAAAACAACCAUAUUAGGCCUAUCCUGACUGAAACCAUAAAUGGGAUACUUGUUGGUCAGGAGGAUUGGGAUUUAGCACCUGUUAUCAAGAAUCUAUUAUCGAGCGGUGAUGGAUCAUACGUUUACCCUGGAUUAUUGCUGUUGUUCCAACUUUGUAAAGCUCACAGAUGGGAUAUGGUUGGAUCAAGAGAUUAUAUAGAUUCUGUGAUUGAGGAACUUUUUCCUAUUGUGGAAGGGAUAGCUUCUAAUAUCGGUAGCCAAACAGAUUACAGAUCCAACGAAAUACUGUACCUAAUUUUGAAGUCAUUCAAAUAUGCAUGUUUGAACAACUUGCCUCAAUACUUCAGCCAACCUGAAAGAAUUAUGUCAUGGGUACAAUUACAUUUGUAUUUAUGUUCUAAACCAUUUCCAGCCGAAGUAAUGGAACUGGACCCUGCGGAUAGGACCCUAGACAAGAGAGUUAAAGUGAAUAAAUGGGGGUUCGGUAACUUGAACAGAUUCUUGCAAAGGUAUAACAAAGUUACAAAGGCUAUCACCAAAGAAUUUAUCGACUAUAUAUUCAAUACUAUUGUUCCUGUAAUUCUUCGAGAAUUUUUUAAGGAUAUUGAAGCUUGGGGUAAUAACACAUUAUGGUUGUCAGAUUCUUCAUUAUAUUUCUUAAUUUCUUUCCUGGAGAAAUGUGUUACAAUUGAUCAACUUUAUCCCUUGAUUGAGCCACAUUUACAAAUUAUUUUUGAAAAUGUUAUCUUCCCAUGUUUGUGUGCUAAUGAACAAUCCAUCGAAUUAUUAGAAGAUGACCAAGAGGAAUAUACCAGGCGUUAUUUCGACAUUAAUAGAGAAGGCUCUACGCCAGAUGCUGCUUCAGCAGAUUUCAUAUUCUUGAUUGGGUCCAAACGUCCUGAGAAACUUAACAAUAUUUUGCCGUUCAUUAAUGAUAUUUUUACUAGAUUUGAUGCCAAUUCCAGCGAUAUAAGCAUGGCAUUUAAAGAAGAAGGUGCUUUGAGAACCUUGUCCAAUUUGUUUUCGUUUAUAGAUGAACCAUCCAUUCUGGAGAAUAUUUUUGGACACUUCAUCGUGCCAUUGUUAUCGCAGGAUAAAUACAUGUUUUUGGUUGCAAGAAGUUUGGAAACAAUAGCGCUGUACUCAGAAGAAUUCAAAGAUAUGAACAUUUUGUCACAAUUAUUUGAGUUAACAUACACCAACUUCUUAAACAGUAAUGUUUUACCGGUGCAAAUUGAAGCUGCCGAUGCCAUCAAGUGUUUGAUAGUAUCUAAUCCUCAAAUCCACCCGGCGGUCUCUGCACAUGUUCCAGGUAUGAUGGAAAAGUUAUUGAAAUUGUCCAAAAUCUUUGAAAUUGAUAUCUUAUCUGAAGUCAUGGAGGCACUAGUGGAGAGAUUUUCAGAUGAAUUAUCCCCUUUUGCUAAAGAUUUAGCAUCGAAUCUAGUUGAACAAUUUUUGCGUAUUGCUCAAGGGUUGGUAGAGAAUCCAUCGGAAACCUACAGCGCAAGUGACCAAGAGCAGGAAAUCCAAGCCAGCGGAUUAUUACAAACGAUGACGACUAUGGUCAUGUCAAUGAAUAAGGUUUCAUUAAUCGAGUCCUUAGCUCCGGUAGUCAAAUUUGUUGUACUUCAUGCGCAAAUCUCAUUCAUCACUGAAGCUGUCGACUUACUAGAUGCCUUAACUAUUUCAUCACAUCUACUUUAUAACCAAAUUGCACCUCCAAUAUGGGAAUUGUUACAUGAUAUAUUGGAUUCCUUUCAAACUUAUGCCAUGGACUAUUUUGAAGCUUACAGUAUUUUUUUCGAAACCAUUGUCAUGACUGGCUUCCCACAAGAUCAAACUUACGUACAACCUUUGCUGGAAAUCCUGUCUGCUAAAUUAGAAAGUGAAGUUGACUACGACAUCGAGCAUGUCAUGCAAAUUCUAAUGUAUUUCGCACUUUCUAUGAGGGACAUUCCAUUAUUCAGUAAAGCUAUCAAAGUAUCCGCCAAUGAUGAGCUGGGAUUGGACUCCAAAAGCAUUGUUAAACUAGGACUGGCCAACUUAUUUGCUAAACCAAUCGAAACUUUACAAAUCAUGGAAACUGAAGGUUUUACUAUAAAUUUCUUCACCAACUGGUUUAAUGAAAAGUUCUACAGUGUAUUCACCAUCAAAUUACAAAUUCUGGUCAUUUUGACCCUUUUGAAGUUACCUGAAAUCCCUAAUAGUGUCAGCCCACUAUUGAGUAACUUGACUAAUAAACUGGUGGAAUUGACGUUAUCAUUGCCUAAGGCAAUUAGAAAUCGCGAUGCUGUCACUGAGGGCAAAUCCUUAGAAGGCGACCUGACCCCAGAAGAGGAGGAAGAAUACUUUAUUGAAUGUGAUGAUGAUAUGAAGGAGACAGUGUUGGACCAAAUUAAUGUUUUUCAAGAGGUACAUGCCUUUUUCAAGAAUUUGCAAAACGAAGAUGCCGGUAAGUACGAAAAAAUCAUAAAUUAUCUGGAUGAAUCAAAGAAAGAUUCAUUGCAGGUAAUUUUAGAGUUUGUUUCUCAACACUAA